GAAAAAAAAAAAAAAUGCUAUCAAAAAAACCUUUACAUAACCCUAAAACAACAGAAUAUGAGUUCUUAGGUCCAAUUGGAGCAUUCUUAAUGAUAACAGUACUUCCCUCUUUAGUAUAUUUAUUACAUUUAGGUUGUCAACCUGAAGGAUGUCCAUCCCCUGCUUUAGUCAAACAAUUAUUAAACCCACAACAACUAGCCCAAUUCUUUUCUACUGAAAAUAUCCUUUCUUUAUUUGAUUUACAAUCUUUUAUAGCUUAUGUAGGAUAUCUAAGUUAUCUUGUUCUUGCAUGGUAUCUUGUACCUGGAAGAUGGGUUGAAGGAACUCAACUUCGUGAUGGAAGUAAAUUAAAAUAUAAAGAAAAUGGAUUUCGUAGCAUGAUGUUAACACUUAGUAUAAUUGGAUGCACUAUAUUAUUUAAAGGAUAUGAACCUUUAUUAUUUAUUUAUGAUCAUUUUAUUGGGUUAAUGACUUGUUCCAUAAUUGUUUCUUUUUCGGUUGCUAUUUAUGUUUAUCUGGCUUCUUUUCAAGAAGGAAAAUUAUUGGCUCUUGGAGGAAACUCUGGGAACAUAAUCUAUGAUUUUAUGAUUGGAAGGGAAUUGAAUCCUCGGAUAGGAUCUUUUGAUAUAAAAUACUUUGUUGAAUUAAGACCUGGAAUAACUGAAUGGACAAUUAUUAAUAUUGCGAUGGCGGCCAAACAAUAUCAUGAUCUUGGGUAUAUUACGAUUGGAAUGAUUUUGGUAAUUAUAUUCCAGGGAUGGUAUUGUAUUGAUUCAGUGUAUAAUGAACCAGCGGUUUUAACUACAAUGGAUAUUACAACAGAUGGAUUUGGAUGGAUGUUAUCAUUUGGCAAUAUUACCUGGUUAGGAUUCCUUUAUCCUUUACAAGCAAGAUAUUUGGCUCUGAAACCAAAUCAUCUUUCUUGGUUGGAAAUUGCAAUUAUUGUAUCUCUUCAAACUAUUGGUUAUACUAUUUUUAGAGGGGCUAAUAAUGAGAAGAAUGCAUUCAGAAAUAAUCCUGAUGAUCCAAAGCUUAAAGAUCUUAAAUAUAUGACUACUGAAUCCGGAUCUAAAUUAAUUAUUUCUAGUUGGUGGGGUAAAGCAAGGCAUAUCAAUUAUUUAGGUGAUUGGAUAAUGUCAUGGGCUUGGUGUUUACCUUGUGGAUUUAACGAUAUAUUCCCAUAUUUUUAUGUGAUAUAUUUUGCAGUACUACUCAUUCACAGAGAAUUAAGGGAUGAAGAAAAAUGUAAAAAGAAAUAUAAGAAGGACUGGGAUAGAUAUUGUGAAAUUGUUAAAUAUAAAAUUAUACCCGGUAUUUAUUAAUGCACACAUAUACAGUAUAUUAUAUACAGUAUCUUAUAUACUAAAAUAAAUAACCAACUUUUAAAAAAUGAUUAUUUAAAUUAAUUAUAUUAUUAGACUUAAAAUAGGGACGGA